CGUUGGUUAGUAAACUUUUGCCUGCGGUCCGAUCGACACGCCGACCGUUGUCAUACAUCUACGAAAAGUACGCGCCCGUCGAACGUCAUGCUGUACACCGGCCGGUUAAUAUUGGUGUGCCUCGUGGCUGUCGUGGCCACCUGGUGCCGGUCUUCCGGUGCGUCACCGUCCUGUUCGCCCGACAAACUCGCAAGAUACCGCGUGUCAGUGCGCACGUUUUGGACUAGAGACCGGUUCCCGAAGCAUUUUCCGGAAUGGAGGCCUCAAGCUCAAUGGAGUAAAGUCAUAGGAAGAUCACAUUCCAAAGGAUAUAUUAUGUUUCGGGAAGGAUCGCCGGCAUCAGAAGGUGUUCGUAUGUUUGCAAAGACCGGCCGUAGUGACAAACUUGACGAUGGAGGAGGAGAUGAGAUAAUACUCGAUACGUUUACAGCACCAAGUGCCCUAACUGGUGCUGCUAGAACUCAGGCUCAAUUCUUUGUUGAUGGAAAUCAUUCUAGGGUUUCCCUCAUAUCACGUAUGAUUCCAUCGCCCGACUGGUUUGUCGGCAUAGACUCAUUUGAUUUGUGCGUCAACGGCAACUGGCUGGACAGCAUCACGAUAGAAGCUGAUCCGAUGGAUGCUGGAUGUGACAACGGGUUUACUUUUACAGCGCCAAACUGGCCUACCGACCCACAAGGCAUUAUUUACCGAAUAAAAAGCAAUUAUCCUUCACACCCUGCUAGUUCUUUUUAUUAUCCACAAAUCAAUCGGCUACCAACUAUAGCAACUUUUCAAUUCAUAAAAGUAAAAGAAUAUGACCAAUCGUUAGGUGGCAGAGGACAAGCAUCUGAUCCAAUAGUAAAGAUUGAAGAAAAUAUUGUGAAAGUUUUGAACGGCGAUACAGAUAAUGAUAGAGAAGUGCAACUAGAAAUGGAACAACAAAGAAGAGAGCAAGAAUACAAUAAUUAUAAAAGUGUUAAUGAAAGUCAAUUAUCCGUCUCUAAUGGAACAUCAGCGAAUCUCGUAUCAAAUACCAACAAAGAUGCAUUGAUGGACAGCAUAAUGAAAAGUUAUCACGUUCGAAAACAUAAGAAAGCUCAUAGAAAGUCUAAGUAUCGUGACUGUCGAGUGAGCGAUUGGUCUGAAUGGAGUGGUUGCAGUGUGUCUUGCGGCAUCGGUGAAAUGCAGAGACGCAGGCAAAUAAUCAAACAUCCAAGAGGUGCUGGCAAACAGUGUCCGCCCCUACAAGAAACUAAGUGGUGUGGUAGUGCAAAAGAUUGUCCACAAGAUCGUUUCAAGUGGUAAUCAUAGUGAAGGCCAAUGUGCUCUGUUGUCACGAUGUAUGUUGUCCUGCCAAGCUGAUAAAUGCAAUCAUUUCUAACUACCCUAAAAUAUUG